AUGCCGCCGCGCCGCCGCGAGUUGUCCGGCUUCCGCGGCGUCCGGGCGUGGCCCAACGAGCUGGCAGCGCGCACGUACUACGCGGCCGUGUGGCGAUUUCGGCGCCCGCGGCGCGACCUCACCUUUUCGGACGUGGAGUCGCUCGAGGAGGCCGAGUUCCUCGCGCCACCUCAGCGCCUCCUCGACGAUGAGGAUCGUCACCACCACCAGGCGCAGCGCCGGCUCGCCAUCGCCGAGCGUGACAAGGAGCUGAUGCAUCGGUGGAAGGCUCAGUAUCCGAGCGACGUCGCCAACGAGGCGGCGUUCUUCAACGACCCAAGGGUGCAGCGGAGGGUGUAG